AUGGAGAAUCAUCCGCCGAACAGAGGAAUAUGGAAUCAAGAGUACAGUCAUGGUCGGAUUUCUCAAAGCUUCAGGAUCGCCAAGCCGCUCCUUGAUCGGAAAAGACCAUCUGAGGAUGCAGCUAAUUUCUCCUAUCCUUCUCCUCAAAGAAUCAAGGAUUCUAUGGGUGGUGGAUCCCAUGUUCGCCAUUCCAACUCCAAUAGGAUUCCUCUUAUGGAGUUAUCAGAGAACACACCACACAAGCGCCUAAAAUUAGGGGUUGAGUCCUCUGAUGAUGGUUAUCCUCGUGGCGUGAGCAUCCCUUCUCAUAGGUGUGAUCUGGAUGAGGAGAUCACAAACGCAUCUCAGACGGGCAAUGGAAUUUCACCAGAUUCAUUUGUUACUCCCCUGAAAGAGCCGGAAAGGGUUACACUAAGUUAUGACUGCUCUACUUCUUCACUUCUUGAUGAUGAUGACUUUGAUGAAUCCAUUUUAGCAGAGAUUGACGCUAUCAUUGAACAGUCGGCGAGAAAAGCAGCAUGUCAAACUCCAAAUACCAGCAUGACUCAGACUCCGUCCAGUGAUGAUAAGAACAGUGACCUCAAGGCUAGCUUUGUUUCUAAUGCUGUUGAUUUUCAUGAGCAAGACUCGAAUGCCAAAGUGGAGCUCAAUGAAGAGACUACCAUUGCUGCUGAUCCUGCAUCCAUCAACAUCAUGCCUGAUGAGUGUUCAAAAUAUAUGCAGUCUUUAAAUGAUAGACAGCGUGAUGCAGCGUGUAGUAAUAUUGCAACUCCUUUAAUGGUUAUAGCUGGUCCUGGAAGUGGAAAGACUUCCACCAUGGUUGGCCGUGUCUUAGUGUUGCUCAAUGAGGGUCUACAUCCAUCAAACAUCCUUGCAAUGACUUUCACUACAGCGGCAACUUCGGAGAUGAGAGAACGCAUAGGAAAAUCUGCUGGAAAGAAAGCAGCCAAAGAAAUAACAAUCAGUACAUUCCAUUCAUUUUCCUUGCAGCUUUGUCGGAUGCAUGCAGACAAGUUACAACGUACAUCUGAAUUUUCAGUGUAUGGACAUGGGCAACAAAGACGAGCUAUUAUUGAAGCAGUGCGUUUGUAUGAAGAGGAAAAGAAAAACGGAUGCAGUACUUCUGGUGCAUGUGAAGGUAUGAAUGGAGCCGGUGCAGGAGCAGUAUGUCCUGAAUAUGCCAAGGAUUUAUCGAAGAAAUGGCAAAAAUAUGUGACCCAGGGAAAGGCUUCCGGUAGAACUCCAGAGGAGUGCCGUAAGAUGGGCAAUGAGAUAGGAGCUAAAAUUCUUGGAAACUACAAUGAUAUCCUCAAAGCUUGUAAUGCUCUGGACUAUCAUGAUUUGAUCAGUUGUUCGGUCACGCUGCUCUCGGACUUUCCUGAAGUAUUCAAGGAAUGCCAAGAGACCUGGAAAGCGAUCAUAGUUGAUGAAUUCCAGGACACUAGUACAAUGCAGUACAAGCUUCUACGGAUGCUAGGGACUCAUAAUCACAUAACGAUUGUUGGUGAUGAUGAUCAGUCCAUCUUCGGUUUUAACGGGGCGGACAGUUCAGGAUUUGAUUCUUUUCGCCGAGAUUUCCCAAAUUACAAAGAGGUCAGGCUGAUAAAAAACUAUCGAUCCUCCCGCCAUAUUGUGGAAGCUGCAUCUUCCAUUAUAAAAAACAAUACAAAGAGGUGCCAAUCAAAAAGCAUUUCGUCUGAAAACUCUCAGGGAUCGAAGGCAAGUUUUGAACUUAUUACUGUCAAGGAAUGCCAUAACGAGGAAGCACAGUGUGCAUAUGUCAUUGACAAAAUAAUGGAAAUCACUAGUGAUGGCUCAACACCUCGUUCCCAUGGAGAUAUUGCUAUCCUGUAUAGGAGGCAGGUGUCAGGUAAAGUCUUCCAAAAUGCGUUCCGCGAGAGAAAAAUACCAUUCAACGUUCAUGGUGUUGCUUUCUACAGGAAAAAGGUUGUCCGAAUCAUUUUGGCCAUGCUGAGAACAACAUUUUCCGAAUGUGAUGAUGCUUCUUAUCGGCGAGUUUUUAAGGCACUACUUCCUUUUGAGAAAGAGGAAAAGAAGAAGGUUAUUGAACAUAUUGACAAAAUCUCCACUAGUAGGAAAUGCAGCUUCAUUUCAGCUGCGAGUGAUAUCUUCAGUGCCAAGAUUUCUGGUACCUUCAAGAGGAACCAGCUUACCCAGGGACGCAAAGUGUUGCAGACUCUUGACAUGGUAGCAAAGCUGGUUGAUAGGGAACAAUCACUUUCAGCUGUAGUAACAUGUGUGGCAAAUAUGAUCCCGCAGAAAUACCUUCUUGAGCAACGAGCAGUUGUGGAUAACGAUGGAGGGAAACUGCUUAAUGAAGACAACGACCUUAGAUCUGUACUCCAAUACCUAAUGGAUGAUGUAGCUGAGUUUAUUUCCACUCAUUGCACUACAACUGGAGAAGAAGUGGAUGGAAUCAAAGAAAAGAAAGGCUGCAAUCAACUUAAUUCAUUUAUCAACUAUAUCUCCGAGCGUGAAACUGAAAAUUUUCGUUCAAGAAGACAUAACAAUGAAAAUUCUGUCACAUUGACCACCAUUCAUCAGUCUAAAGGUUUGGAGUGGGACGUAGUUUUCAUAGUUAAGGCUAAUGAAAACGAGAUUCCCCUAUUACAUGAGUCUAACGGCACUGCAUCGGAGAGUGGAACGUCACUUGAGGAAGAACGUCGCCUUCUGUAUGUUGCUAUGACUCGUGCUCGCAAGAAAUUAUUUUUCUUGUACGUGACAGUAGAUUCAAACUGGCAGAUGCUCCAACCCUCGCGAUUUCUUAAAGAGAUUCCAGGCCAUCUUCUACAGGGAGACUUGAGCAUAAAUGACUGCAGAAAAGUUCAUCAAAACCUUCCAAACAAGACUGAGCAGAGCGUCUCCAAUUUCGGAACAGAAAUAAAGCAUGAGGAUAUUAAACCAGCUGAUAAUGAUAUGAUGAACAUUCCAGUAGAUGAUGCUACCGAGGAGUCAAUACAAGCAGCAUACACAUCCAAUGGGAACAAUUUCCUCAAGAGGUUUGAUGUGGAGGUUAGAUCAGUUGUCUCUCACUUAUUCCACAACUGGGCUAAGAAACAAGCAUUCCAGGACCCGAAGAGGCUAAUUGACAAAGUAAGGUUUGUGAUUGGUGAACGUUUGGCUAUCAAGAAGAACAAACACAAGGAUGUCUUACGAGCACUUAAGUCAUCAUUGACUUCCGAAGAAGCGUUCCAAUAUGCAGAACAUGUACUUAGGUGGGAACAACUUCCUGCAGACACACGGGCUCAUAUAGUCCGCGAGAAACAGGAGCAUUUCCAAAAACUCAGAAUUGAAAACUCAAUGGGUACUUCAGAAGCAACCAGUAAACAGAUCGCAUUUCUGCAUAGUCUAGGAUGCACGGUGGUCCCAACUUCACGUCUCCAUGCGUCACGCUUGAUCGAACAGUACAAAUCAUUGUGA